UCCACAUCAUAUAGAUCCACUGCCGAGAAACAUGAUUUAGAUUACAAAACAAUCUCAUCAUCAUUCGACAGAACAAAAACCCAAACCCAAAAAAACCAAAAAAAUAUUCAAAUCAUUAUUAUGUCAAAGCCGUCCAACGCGCCGCCACCGCCGCGGCUCUACAAACAACAGUCGUGGUCACCGGACAUGCUCCGAGAAGAGGCGUGGCAGAGACGAAAGAAGAAUCACAUCAGCCGCAGUCGCAGCGGCAACAAUCUCCGUCGGCUUAGUAAGAGUUUAUCGGAAGAUGACUUACAGGAACUCAAUGCUUGUUUCGAACUCGGGUUCGGGUUUGAUUCACCCGAAAUUGACCCGAAACUAUCCAAUACUAUACCUGCUUUGGAAUUGUACCAUGCUGUUAAUAAACAGUACAAUAAUCAUAGCUUGUCUCGAUCCUCUUCUUCAUCUUCCAUUGUCUCUGAUAAUGACAUUGCAAAUACCACCGCUAUUUUUAAUCCAGCUGAUGAUUUAACGGCGAAGAAGACUCGGUUGAAACAAUGGGCGAAGGUGGUUGCUUGUGCGGUGCGGCAAUCUUCUCCAACACCGGGCUCAGGUUAAUUAAUUAAUACCUUAUCGCUUCUGCUGUAUACACAUGAAUCUCGCAAGGAAAUGGAGUGUUUGGAUUAAUUAUGCGUUCUAAUUUGUUCAUACAUAGUCAUGGAUGGUCUCUUUCUUGUUUAUUUUAUUUUGUUUUUUCCUUUGUUAUUUAAUAACUGCUUUCGUUCUAAUUUUACAAUACAUAAUGUACAUUUCCAAACUCAACAAACAUAUCGAAUCAAGGUGUUGAUUUGAGUUCUAUUGCUAGUGGCUAGAGACUGAGAGUUUAGGCUGGUUAACUGUUUGGUGGUGUUUUACAAUGUAAAUAUUGAUAAUAAUGGAUUUUAUUGUUCGUACAACUCA